UUCACAUUUAUGGACGCUGUAUUUGAAACUAAAUACACAAAAUUCACAGAGCAGAGUUGAACACCUCGCACUCAGAGUUCACUGACGGUGGUAAUCUGCUGCUUCUCUCACAGUGAGUUUUAUUUGUGAGCCUGUUAUUACUCACAUAGGGAGGUGAGUAGGAGAAUUACUACUACUACUAUCACAGGACUCCCACUAGAGCCAUGAUGGAGAGUACGGCUUUCACCAUCCCAUUGAGCUCACAAGGAUUGAGGCACAAUCAGUGUUUGGCGGCGUGGUGAUCCAAACCAAGACAGUGCACGGGCUCCUUCCAAUAGCAGCUUUAAGUGAAAAGGCGUGCCUGUCCUCCCUGCCUUUUUGCCUGCUUCUCUGCCCCCCGUCCCUCGUCCUCCCCCCUCCACCCCUCAAAGUACUCGAUGUAUAGUUAAAAAAUGGGAGGGCACACUUAAACCGAGCUGCUCUAUGAAGGUAGGCUGCAGCGUGUGUUUAUUGAUGAGAUGAAAAGAAGAUGGAAGUGGGAAAUGAAACAAAAGUAAGAGGAGCGUAUUGAAAUUGAAAAACUAGACGCGCAGUUUGACCAGGAGGAAAAACACACAGGAGGGAGUCUUGGAAACGCUGUCGCCACUUUUUUCAAAGCUUCGAAGAAGUGCAGCGUGGCACAUGAUUUGGGCCGAGUGCAGUGACAGUAGAGCGAGCAGCGCCGGCCUCUGAAGUCGUCUCACUCACCAGCAGCAAACCUGACGCCUGACCCGCAGCACCCCCAUCACCAGCUACAACUCCAAGCACUCACCACGGCAUCGGACUGUGACCUCAGUUGCAAGGGGAUGACCGAGCGCAUUCAUAACAUCAAUCUUCACAACUUCAGUAACUCUGUUCUCGAGACCCUCAAUGAGCAACGCAAUCGUGGGCACUUCUGUGACGUGACAGUUCGAAUCCAUGGAAGUAUGCUGCGAGCUCACCGCUGCGUGCUGGCUGCUGGGAGCCCCUUCUUUCAAGACAAACUGCUGUUGGGCUACAGCGACAUCGAGAUUCCGUCGGUGGUCUCCGUACAGUCCAUCCAGAAGCUCAUAGACUUUAUGUACAGUGGGAUCCUGCGUGUCUCUCAAUCUGAGGCCUUGCAGAUCCUCACCGCCGCCAGCAUCCUCCAGAUCAAGACAGUCAUCGAUGAGUGCACGCGCAUCGUGUCCCAGAACGUGGGCCUGGCCGGGCCAGGGGGCUUCCCUGUGAUUCCCGGAGACUCGGGACAGGACACCCCCCGAGGGACCCCUGAGUCUGGCACCUCAGGACCCAGCAGUGAUGCUGAAUCCAGCUAUAUGCAAACAUCAUCACAGCAAAAUGUGGAGCGCACCAUCACAUCGCUUUACAGCUACACCAAUCUGCCCCAUCUGAACGGCAAACAGGACCGCCCCCACUACAUCAGCUCUCUGUCCAGCUACGACCCAACUGUGGGGCCUCACAAAGACCAACAUGCCCAGGACCCCCCCUGGAUGAACCGUCUGCAGGAGCGUUCACAUCAGGACCGCUUCCCUGAGUCUACCACCCACUGUCGCAAACAGCCCAGACCUAUCCGAGUGCAGAUUAAGCAGGAGGAUGUGGAUGAGUAUGGCUGCUAUGAGCCCCUGUCUGUGUGUCAGGAGGAUGGGGACCACACGGCGGAGAACGAGUCCAAAGGAGAAAGCUUCGAUUCUGGGGUGAGCUCCACUCUGAGCAAUGAGCCGGAGGCGGCGGAGCAGCAGCCGGGCUACAUGUCAGGCUAUAGCCGAGAGGCGGCAGGAGAGUCACAGCACUCGGACGGCCCCUCUGUGCAGAUAGAGGUCAAUGACUCGUCCCCAGAACAGGCCCAGGACAUGGAGGACAUAGACACGUCCCACAGCACUACUGACAGUAGCAUGAUGCAACCCCUGCCAAAUUCUGUCAUGUCUCACCCCCUGCCAAGUGCCCCACACUACACCAGCAACCUGAGGAUGCCGCUAAAUGUGACCAGCAACCCCCAAGUCAUGGGCGCUGGCAGCACCUUCCUGCCUACUCUCUUCCCCACUCAGUCGCCCAGCAACAGCAAGCCUUUCCUGUACCUGUCCAGUCAGCAGCAGCCCCCGUUUGUGGGAGUGCAGCCACCCUCCAUGCCUUCAUUCUCAAACCCUCUGCCCGUCCCACAGUCACCUGUGCAGCAGCCGACGGGCGCAGGCCUGACUCAGGGGGAGAAGAAGCCCUACGAAUGCACUCUGUGCAGUAAGACCUUUACUGCCAAACAGAACUACGUCAAACACAUGUUUGUCCACACCGGUGAGAAGCCCCAUCAGUGCAGCAUCUGCUGGCGCUCGUUCUCCCUGAAGGAUUACCUAAUCAAACACAUGGUGACACACACAGGGGUGCGCGCCUACCAGUGCAGCAUCUGCAACAAGCGCUUCACCCAGAAGAGCUCACUCAACGUGCACAUGCGCCUGCACCGCGGAGAGAAGUCCUACGAGUGCUACAUCUGUAAGAAGAAAUUCUCACACAAAACGCUCCUGGAGCGCCACAUGGCCCUGCACUGCGCCGGAGGCUCGGUGAUGGGGAUGGGCAUGGCGGAGGCGGGCGGGACGCCAGGGCCCGUGUCCAUUCCCAUGCCCAUGGCAGUUCCCGAGCCUGGGGCGGGCGUGGUGGCCCUGGCCAUGCCCGUGGGAGGAGGAGCAGGCGUGGGCACAGGCGUGGGGACGGGCGUGGGCGUUGCUGCUGAGGCCAGCUGCCAAGAAGGGACCACCUAUGUGUGCUCCGUCUGCCCUGCCAAGUUCGAGCAAAUUGAAAACUUCAAUGACCACAUGCGAAAGCAUGUCCCUGAUGGAUAAGUACAAAUAGAUAAACUUUUUCAGAAAGAAUGACAAAUAAAUGGCACUAGAUUUUCCUUUUCUUAUUUUGAUGUAUGAAGAAUAAUGAGUAUAGACACUGGCACAUUAAGUUUCCCGAUUUUUUUUUCUGUUAUUCUAAAAGAAAAAAAUUGAUGGUGGCCUUAAGGCUUAGUAGUUUGAUAUUGAUCUACUGGAUGGAUCCUAACUACAGGCCUCUAAAUGUAUGCUUUCCUAAAACCCUGAUUUAUGUGUUGAACACUACCGAAAGGCCUAGAGUGAUCACAGACACACAGACACACUGUAGUGUGGGUGAGUGUGCGGUGUGCUGUGCGCGUCCUCUGUGUGUGUGUGUGUGUGUGUGUGUAUGUGUGAGAGAGAGAGCUGCCUGAAGUCAAACUCACGGCAGCAGAAAAACCCCAUACUGACCAGUUUGGAGACUCAGUGUCCAAGCUUACUGUGGUACCAUUUACAACAACAAUAAGCAGAAUUGUGGGUGGAGUUAUUAUUCCCUCUUAAAAUACUGAUGGUCACAAGAUUGCCUUCUGUCAAAUAAAAUCAGAGUAGUUAAUUUGACACUGGUUUAAUGUAUUCCCAUGUUAUUAAGGGAUUACAAUGCAACUUUUGAACAGUACUAACAGUCAUCUUACUGAAGUGUCAGGGGGAGGCGACACUUCUCUUUAUAAUUGUUCUCCAUGCAUUUGAUGCUUUUGUUUACUAAAUUGAGGUGUGAAGAUGAAUAUUUGAGCAAGAAUUAUUUUUGUCUGAGGUUUGAAGUUGAACUCAUUGCAUACACUGCCACUAAUAUCUUAAAAGACUGUUAAGGCUAGACCUCUUCCAUUUUAGAAUGAGAAAAAGACAAAUAGUUUUACUGAUGUUAGCCUUUUCCAUCCACAGUUAUGGCAGGCUCAAAUAUGCGAUUCUCCUUCAUAACUGCUGCUCUUCACUUGCACCUGACUGUUAUAGGAUGUAGAGAAAAACAACUCUUCUAAAAGUGUUGCUUUGGACUCAGCUCCAUUGUUUUGAUUUGAUAAUCUGAUGAUAUAGAAAAGGAGGGGGAUAGGCUACUUGUAGAUUCAAAUGGUGUUAAAGAGGGACUACUUCAAUUUGAAUCAAAUUUGAAUUGAAAAUAAAUGCCACCGUGAUCCUGGCGUCGCUGUAUAACCUGUUCAUUACGAUCACAGAGCCAUUUUAGCAGCUGGCAGCUAAUUGCGCCUGAUGGAUUGGCUCUCCCUGAGGCUCAAAUGGCCUGCGACGUUGUGAGAGGAAUUAGAGGCGCAAAGGAAAACAAGUAGCUUUGUUUCUGAAAUACCACACGGUGUAGACAUUAGACAGUUGUAUACAUUCCUGUUUUCUACAGCCAAGUCACAGCAUGUGCAGAGUAGACUGGACAUUAAAUGUGUUCAUGCAUGACAUCAUCUAAAGCUUUUGUGAUAAUCAUUUUGUAUCGUCUCUUCUCCAGUUAGGACACACACAAACACACACAUGCAACUGCAAAGGAGGAGCUCUAUUAUGUGAGUGAACCCUUCCUCAGUUGUAUUGUUUAAAAAUAACUAUCAGCAUAAGGUGGUCUUGAAAAGACUGCCGCACAGUCCGAAAAAAGUGCUCCUUUGCACAUUUUAUUGAAAUGCCUGUGCUUAAAAUUGAAUUAUUUUCUUUGAAUGGGCGUAUAUGAUUUUCUAUUAUUCAAUUUCAAAAGGAAAAAAAAACAUUUAAGUGGACUGCAUUAUUUUCUUGCAUAUAUGUUGCACUGCUUAAACCAAUAAGUGCACUACUGUAACAAAGAUGUAGUUUUAGAAAAUAUUUGUUCAACUUUUGUUCAUUCAACAUUGGUUGUAGACUUCUCCAAGACUCUUGACAGUUCUUUAUUUAGGGCUUGCAGUUACCUACAGUAUAUCUUAUUGUUAUAAUGCAAGCAUUUGAUUUUACCGUUAAUUUGUGCUCAUAAUUGUGCAGAUUUAGUUUUUAUGGCAUCACUUCCCUAUAAACUUUUUGCUAUAUUUAAAAAAAAAACUGAUUUUCUUUUGAAAACACCCAAUCCAAACAACAGUUCAAAUGCUACGUGAGUCAGCUCAGUGGGAGGAGCUUAUCCUAAUGAUAUAAAUAAUACUUAUAGUAUAUGUGUGUCACAUACAGUUGUGUGUCUAGACCUCUGUAGUGUUGGAGGAAUGCAGCUUCUUCAGUAUCUGUCCCUUUGUGCACAGUCCUUAGUGUUUGUGUGUGAGUGUCCGUGUGUCGUCAGCCUAAUCAAACUGUUGAAGUGGUGUAUCUCAACUGUAGGGCUUCCGUUGCUAUAUGCAGCACAGGUACUACAUAGUACUCAUAUGAGAAGCAGCUCCCCAAAACCUUUUCCACGGGCUCCUAAAUCGCCUGGGACACUUGUGCUGAGGUCGACCAACUGCUACUAUAGACUGUAUGUGUGUAAGGGAACAGUGGGGUGGUCCACUGUAUAAAAAGUAGCACAUUGUUGAACAUUUGAUUGGGCCUGUCCUCUCUGGUCUGCAUAUAAACCUAAAAAAGUGUAUGGUUCUUGUUGUAGCUGUUGCCAGGACGGUGAUAUUGCUGCAUGCUAGUAGUAGUGCUAUAUUUGUCUCUACACAGCACGUGGAGGGUGAAUCUCUUGCCUUAACAGACAAUGCACUAAAUAGAUUAUACUAUAAGCAACUGCCGAAAUCUCUCUUUCCAACAGUAUUGCCACACGUUUUUUCUGGCACACAGCUCAUUGAAGUUGUCUGUUUCAAGUUUAACACUGCCAAAACCAUCAAAAAAACGGGGAAAAAAAUUGCAAAGGCAGAGAAUUUUUCAGUGUGUUACUUAGCAUUCCUUCAUGGCACCGUAACUUUUUUGCAUAUUUUUUUGUGUGAACACAUAUAUCCAAAAUGCACUAUUGACUGUAGCUAUAGUUCAACCAGCUUUGUUGUAUCAUUGGUCUAAAUACAGUAGUACGUUAAGUAGCUCAGUGUCGUUAUUUAUAAUUUCCAACUUUCACUACUAUCAAUUGUACCACAUGUUUUGGUUUUUUUUGGUUUUUUUUUGUGUCAGAUUAUCAAAAGUAGCCAAUUUGAUCCGGACGAAUGUUAAUAAGUUGUCCGCUUGUCAUGUUGUAUCAUAGUGAUGUUUUUGAUAGCGGAGCGGGCUUUCGAAAGUGUAGGGGAGGAACUCUUGUCUAGUGUCAAAACUGUGCUAUAGCAAAAAAAAAUCCCAGGCUUUGUCCAUGAAUCCUUUUCUUUUGGCAUCACACUCUCCAUAUAAUAUUAUCUCUUUCUGCUUCAGCUAUUUGUUGUGGUCAUCUUUUUGCAUAUUGCAAAAAAAAAAAAAAAAAAAAAAAAAAAAAAAAAAAAUCCAGAAAAUACUCUUUAAUCGUGCUUCUUCUAGUUGUUAGUUUGACGAAAAAAUAGUUUAUGUUUGCAAACUGUACCAUAUUUUUCCAGAACAAAAUACAUAUUGAGUAGAUAAUAGCCUUGAGCCUGCAGCUGUUUGUAAUGUGUCUCCAAUAUAUUACUGUUCUGUUUAUCUUAGCGUAGAAACACAGGGUCUACAAUACAAUGUUGUCCUGCUUGCCGUAUGUUUAAUUCAUAUUUUAUUUCCUGCUUCUUUUUUUAUUUCUGGUGAUAAUAGUGGUGUUGUUUAUACAUAGCUUCACGCAACUGGAUAGUAAUAUUUUCACAGUGUACUAUAAUAUAUGCAUAAUAUACAUAACAAAACAAGGAAAUGGAAAAAAAAAAAAACAGUAAAAAGGGUUUAGGGGCAUGUUGGAACAUUUUAUUUAGAGAAACGUCCUUCUAUACCUGUCUGCAUAUACAUCUUUUACUUUGAAAUACAGUUCACUGCAUCUUUGUCCUUCUACAAUACUACGCAUUAUAGUGAAUACAGAUAUAUAUUUAAGUCAUGGUGUCCACACAGAAAGAUUACAGAUAGUUUGAGAGUAUACAAUACCUUUUGGGAUAUAGGGAAUAUGCCUAUCAAGUGCCUAUCAGUACAUAUUACAGCAACUAUAACAGGAGUCAUAGUUUUUCUCUCCUACAUUGCACAGCUAUACAGAUACAGAUGGUAAUAUUUAUACUACUAUACUACAAACCUGCUGGUCACGAUCCCCUUAGAACCCUUUAAAAUAUUCAGAGGAUAUAUUCAUACAAGUUUAUGUCUACUAUACAAACUGGAGGAUUUUAAAAGUCAUGUCUCAUUGUUGGCUGGUCUCUUACAAAUUCCAUUUUAUUUCAAUCCGCAAAGAAGCCAUAUACUGUACUGUACUGUAUCUACGAGGGGGAGGAAGAGUCAGUGGCGCUUUUUGACCACCAGAGGGAGCCAAACACAUCCAUCGCCUGUAAUACACACACACUGCCUGGCAAAAAUCCAGUAUAUUUUUGGGAAUGAAUAUUUCCAAGUUUGCAUGGCAACAAGUGAUGUCAGCGGCUCCACUGGUUCCUACUGUAACGGGAAGGUUUUUCUGCUGCAGUAACAGGUUCUGAUUGGUCCUUGGAUGACCUCUUGACCUUUGUAGUAAACCUCUCCACAUGCAAGCCACUGGCCUCCUCCCCCCAACAAUUCAUAUAUUUUCAUAUGAUUGACAGCUUCUUUUUAAUUUCUGUUCCAUUUUUAUCCUUAUGGGAUUUGUAAAAGACAAGCCUAGUGCAAGAAAAAAGUCAUUAUUAUUUUUCUCCCAAAAUUAUUUGGAAGACAUUUUGGCGAGCGAUAAAUGAAUGCCACAGAAAUGUUGUGCACAGAGGGACUUAAGUGAUUGGUUUAUUGGGACUUGAAAAGAUUGGAGAAUAUGGUGGAGAAAUAGCCACACAGUUUGGGUGGUUUCAGAAAUGACUGAGAUAAAAGGCUUUGCGAUUGGCUUAUUAAAACAUCCCCUGCGGACCAAUUACUAGAGCUGCAGCCUUCACCUUCUCCAGCCACUGUUUUCUGCCAAAUUUAUUUUUAAUUAAAACAAUAGCAAAUAACCGCAAACUGGGGUAAAAAAAAAAAAAAAAAAAAAAAGAAUAAAAUAAAAUAAACACUAGAAUUUGCUUUUAUUGUUUAUUAAUUUUGACUUUUCCAAUCCUCCACACUUUUCAUACUUUCAACCAAUAGGAGAAAAGAGCUAUGAUUUUCAAAGACACACUCUUCAGCCAUUUUGUUUCAUAUAGACCUAAUAGAAUACAUUGAAAGUAUAGGCAAGGUGAUAUAGCGAGUCCCUUUCAUCCUACUGUAAAACACAACAGCAUCAGUCUCCACAUCACUCCACACAGCCAGAUUGUAGUUCUCAAUGAGCUUUACGCAGCUAUCUAAGCUAUAACAUAACAUAGUCUAUGAUAUAGUGUGACGUCGCUUUCUCAAAACAUGCAGUUCUUAUAUUUGCUGGUAACUUCUCUGCAGUCAUGUCUGUACAACUUUUCUUUCUCUGCUACUUUAUUUGAAGGCUUUUGUUUCGUAUGUUUUUGAGGUGUAUUUCUGCCAUUCAAGAUUUUACACCUACAGUAGUCUACUAUUGCCACCGUCUUCUCAGCUCAGUCCUACGCCCUGUAUUGUAAAAACACAUGCAUUCCUGCCCAGAACAUUCCAGCUUCUUGUCUGGCAAUAUACUUUUUUCCACAUUUGAAAAGAAAAAGAUACAAUUGUCCAGCAUUUAAUUGUACAUCUUUUGUGGAUUUGAAAGCGUGCAUUGUCUAUUAUUGCAUAGUUUACAAUGCAGUGGAAAUGGAUUUUCUUCUCAUGAGAGGGUCUCGGGGCUGAGCUCUAGGCGGGCUGGUAUUCUUGGUGCUGUUUAGGCAGGCACAUCAGAGCAGUCGGAGUGAAUGGGGCCAUAGUAAUGUGUAGACAGUGGACAAAAGUGUUUUAGACAAUGUUUUUGCUCCCAAACCAAAGAAAGUGCAGAUGUUUUCAGUUUUCCGGAGGACAGUUUUGCUCUUGUUGUGAUCAGGCUAGAGGCUCUUUAGUCCGGUGAGUUUUUCAUCAUGCAGGGUGCUUGUCAAAGUCUAUCCAUGUGUUGUCACUUGAUCACUAUUGGUUGUUUUAUAUCUUGCCUGUUGUAGACCAAAAUAGAUUUUUUAUAAGAAAUGCAGCAAAAAUAGAAUAUUAAUCGGAUAAAGAAAAAACACAUUGCAUUGCUCCAGGAAAAAUGAGGUUACAUCAGUUGAAUUUUCUACACUUUUAGCACAUGUUUAGUGUAAGCCUAUCCUAUGUGUUUUUAGUUUGUCAAAUAUCCUAGUGUUUUAAACUCCCUAAAUUUAUAAUUUAACUUGGAACGCAUUUAGCCAUUUAUAUACUUGAGAUGGACCAAGAUUUUAAGUUUGCACAUAUUUGUAGGUUUUUUCUGAAGCCAAAAAAGAACGAAUCAUAUACAACAUGUCUCGAAAAAGGAAAAAAUAACUCAGAUCAAAAGCAUUAAUCAGUGCCAGCCACCACUACCAUCCACUACAGUUGAAUUUGCAAAAUAAUGGAAACUAAACCGAAAACUACAAUGAGGUCCAAAUAUGGUCAAAUGGAUUUAUCUAUUUUUAUAAAAGCAGCACAGUACUGCAAAGUGAAUGUAAAAUGUUUGGCAGAAUUUGACAAUAUUUCUAAGGUUGAUCUGAGUAGAUUAAUCUGCUGUAUAAUUUGUAUCCGGAAAUAGGAUAAAAAUCACAUUGGACAAUAUUGGUCCCUUUGGUAGGUUGUUGUCAAGCUUAUUGCUGCCAUAUCUUGUAUGUAGAUGCUUUUGUAAAGUAAAAUGCACUUGAGUUGAAUUGUGAGAUGUGUAUAUUUUGUUAGUUUUAUUUUAUUUUUUUGCUUAUGUUAGCUUGCUAUUUUUUAUUAUUACCCUGGCAAAACACUUGCCCUUUUCAAAACUUGGCGGAAGUGGAGCUGUCGUAGUAACGGUAUAGUUUUAACAUCACAACUAAGCAGACCCUGAAAUAUAUGCUGCAGUAUGUGUUGUCGGUUGUUUUUGAAUAAUUUAUGCUCCAAGUUGCUUUGUAUUUUAUUAUUAUUAUUAUAUUAUUAUUAUAUUAUUAUUGUUAUGAGACAAGCUUGUUUGAAAUGUAUUGACUGCUGUUUUGAAAAAUGUGCAAGGAACGUUUUGUAAUGUAAUUUGUCAAACACUGGACUGGAGGGAGAUUUGACAACAUUUUCCAAGUUGAGAGAUGUUUUUGAUGGACAGAACUGCACAAAAAAAAACAUGGCCGCUCUAACACCAGUCUGCAGUUGGAAGACAAUGGAUUUUUUUUUUUCCUUUUGUGCUGGUUAAUUGCGUUGAGGGGUUACCCAUAAAUGGAAUAUUUUCCCUUCCAAAUUCUUGCAUAUUCUAAUCAUUUUUGUACUGACAAAGGGAUACCACUUGACAGCAAUCCACUGAUCCCAAUCAUCUGGUUGUUGCUAAUAGAAAAAAAAUUAUCUUUUUGCAUCAACUGCCACUUCUCAAACCAGAAAAGAGAUUUGCACUAGACUUAUUUUGGUCUUCGUUCUUCAAAAAGCAAUAUAAUUCACCGAUAUCAUCCGACCAUCGCCUGCCCACAGUGGGAAUGCUGAGUAAAUGGUGAUUAAUUUUAUUUUGUAUUGAAAGGUACAGAAUUGGUUUUUAGAAAUGCACAUUUGUGUGUUAUUGUACGUAGCAGUUUUUGAUAUUAUCCAGCACUUAUCCCUUGAGUAAUAGUGUCCAAAAAUAUAUUGAGGGGCAUUACAUUAAAAAACUGUUGUUUCCUCCUUGUGGUUGUUUUGGACAAAUCAAGCCGCUCUUGUAAACCAGAAAGACAUUGGGAUGCAUGAGGGAAGACUCCCAUUGGUCACGUUGUCGUUUUGUCUUCAUUACAUAGUCGCCAUAAUUCCAUCUUUCAGCAAACAUACACACGUACUGUGCGUAACACCACCAAAAACCAAAAUACAAACCAGCUGCCCACUGUCGCACACCUCUCCAUCUUGUCCAGGAUGCUUUAAAAAGUCUAAUAAUGAAACACACAUCAUCUGGAGGAAAAAACAAACUAAAUGCACCUUUAUCUCAUCUCCAUCGGUCGAGAAACCUGUUUCCAUCCAUUUUCACACAAGGUCACGUAACACCUGUCACUCUUGACCGUCUGUCAUUGGUGUAAAUUUUGACAAUAAUUCAGUGAAAUUUCACCAUUAUCUGGAUGUAGUAGCUUUCCUGUUUUCACAGCUUUGUGGUGUUGUUGAAAGAUGUUGCGGUUUGUCUAAAUAUGUUGCGUGUUAGAGGAAGCAUAAGUAUGUGCCUUCUUGUACUCUCCUUGGUGAGCUUGUAAUUAUUGAGAAGCUGAAGCCAGCCAAUUGUGUUUGCACUAAAAACCAAAUUGCUUUUCGUGAUGUGGACUAUUUAAGCAAGCUUGUUGCGUCACUUUAACCGUACAGUAUGCAUGAGGGUGAAUUGGUAAGUUUUAGGGCUAGAGCUCUCAUCUGUUGACCUGUAAACCAGUGCAGCUUAGAGGAUCUUGUGAAUAUAUCUUGGCUUAGUUCUGCAUUCAGUUUUCAAUCCCAUCUCCUUAUCAAGUUUGUCACAAUUUCAACAGUAAUAAAAAAAAAAAUUAAAAAGAUUUAGAAAAAUAAAAAAACACAUACCAUGAUUACAUACAAUACAGCUUUUACUUUCACAUACCACAGUUAUAAGUAAGACACCUACAGGAGAGUGACACUCUCUUCAUGGAAAUGCGUGAAUAUACGAGGUCGCCUCAAGACUAUUGGUAAAAAAAAAUUUUCAAAUCUGGUUUUUAUCACAUUUUGUUCUAAACAAAAGUACAUGCUUUUAGUCUUACAAAUGCACCUUAUUCAUGUCUGGCCAUGAGAGCAAAGAGGCUGGCAUUAUAAUAUCUGAUUUAGCACCUUACUACCCAGCAUGUUUCACUGAUGCUCUUCUUCCAUACAAGAUCAUUUCCAAAAGCGUCACAUAUUUGUGAAGUUGUUUGAUGGGAUGUGCCAAAGUUUAGAGGCGAUCUCCAGAGUGUUUCUGCUUUUCAUUUUCUCUUUCCUUCUUGUUCAAUUAUAGCAAUGGUAUGUCAACACUUUCCUAUAAAUGCGUGUGGAAUCAAUUUAUCUCAGCAAACAGUAUCAUUACUUGCCAUUUUACAAUAAGCCCUGUAUUUCACAUAUAUUUACCAGUGAUGUGUAUUUGUUAUUAUAAAGAAAAUAGCCGUAAAAGCUUCAUUAUGUUACAUAAUAUUGUGACUUUUUUCGAAAAACUGUGAAGACUUAUCUUGCAUAUACUUUAUACAGAAGUAUUAAGCCUUAAUACAAAAGACUAAAAAAAGUGUGGAAGAAUAAACUGAUUGUUGCUAAGUAAGGAUGAUUUUUGUAAAUGUUACCAGCACUUUUUUUGUAAUUUUCACUCUCUGAGGUAUUGUACAAGUUCAAGCUGUUUGUGAAGUUUGAUUAUGAAGGAAUAAAACUAGUACUUUCCUGUA